UGCGUGUCGCGGGCAGGAGGAGGCGUGUGCCCUGCGCACAGAGCACACUGACAUGCAUGCGGCGCCAGCAGCAGCCUGUGCAGAGAGAGAGAGAGCGCCCAGGCUGAUGCCAUGGAGCAGCAGUGUACCCCGAUAUAUGACAACAGCGAGCUGGAGGCUGCCCGGUGACGGCCUCUGGAAUACAAAUGGCGUGUUCCCUGCAUGAGAUGGUGGGGCAGGCCGCUGCAGUCCAUGAAGACAGAAACGCAGUAUGUUUUCAGACAUACAGGGGGACUCCGGUUUUCUGCACAUACCGGGAAAUGAUGCGCAGGGCAGGAGAGCUUACAGUUUUCCUAAAAUCCCACAUUAGUGAUUUUGAAAACAAAGUAAUUGGUCUCUAUUGCCAUCCAGGGAUCCACCUGCCAUCAUGGAUUAUGGGGAUUCUCCAGGUGCCCGCUGCUUACUCUCCUAUGGAUCCCAAUGCUCCCCCUCACUUCACAUCUUUACUAGUAGAGCGGUCUAAAGUGCGAUACAUGCUGGUGGAGAACAACAAAGUUGAGAUGUUCAAGCUGUUGCUCCCAGGAUGGGCUAUCAGGGAUUCAUCCACAGUGCAGCAUCUAGAUGUCACACUUUUCACGUCUGUAAGAAAUGGAAAACCAAUUGACGCUUCAAUAACAAAUUGUAUGGAUGAGAAUACAAGCUCCUAUGCUAAAACUGACAUUGGCCGGGACUUUACAGAGGGGUUGCCAAGCACAGAGUACAUGGACAUUCGAGACGAACAAUGCCUAGCUUAUGUACUGCACACGUCAGGGACAACUGGAGUCCCCAAAAUAGUCAGUGUUCCUCAUUGCUGCAUUGUACCAAAUAUUAAUCAUCUCAGAUCCAUCUUCAGUGUCUCACCCAGUGACCUUGUGUUUUUUGCAUCACCUAUGACCUUUGACCCAUCUGUUAUAGAGAUGUUCCUUGCUCUGUCUGCUGGAGCUUGUCUACUAGUUGUUCCAGACCCACUUAAAAUGAUGCCUCAGCAACUGUGCAGACUCCUGUUUCACCAGCAUAGAGUGACUGUACUACAGGUGACACCCACCUUCUUGAGACGAUUUGGUUUGCACACCAUCCAGUCUUCUGUACUGUCCAGAAGAACAUCCCUUAAAGUUUUAGCUCUUGGAGGGGAACAAUUCCCACCUCUAAAUGUUUUCCGAAGUUGGAGGGAGCCUGGCAACAAGACACGUAUAUUCAAUCUCUAUGGAAUAACGGAAGUGUCAAGCUGGGCGACUUGUUGUGAGAUUCCAACGACCAUUCUUUACUCUCAAGGGAGUGAUCUUGUCACACUUGGCAGUCCACUGCAUGGGACAACAGUGGAAGUCCGAAAUGAUGAAGACCUCAAAAUUGAAGAAGGAGAAGGACAGCUUUUUGUAGGAGGGAAACAUCGGGUGUGCUUUUUGGAUGAUGAUCUGACUCUUCCCUACGGAACCAUGAGAGGAACUGGGGACUGGGUUAGAUUACAAAAUGGGGACAUCUUUUACUUGGGACGGAAAGAUAAUCAGAUCAAGCGUCACGGCAAGAGGCUAAAUACUGAAUAUGUACAGCAGGUCGUAGAAGGGCUUGAACCAGUGGAAGCAUGUGCAGUGAUGUUGUAUGAGGCCAAAAAAUUAGUCUUAUUUGUUGUACCCAAAAGGGCUGUAGACGAGAGAUUCCUAUGGAGGGAGUUGCAGUCACAUCUGCAGAGCUAUGCAGUACCUGAUGAUCUAGUAUUUCUGGACACCUUACAUCCUACAAAGCAUGGUAAAAUAGACUUUUCCAGGUUAGCUCUGAUUUAUGCAGAUCACUUAAGGAAAAAGACAGAUGCACACAUAACACAAACAGAAGAUGACUUGUGGCAUAGCGUGCAAGACCUGUGGAAGUCUGUUCUUGGAAUACCUGAAGGCUGUCCUGCUAUUGCUGAAGAUUCAGUAUUUCUGCUGAGCGGUGGUGACUCUAUAAAGGCAAUCCGACUUCAUGAAGAAGUGGAGAUUCUGGUUGGUAAACCUGUACCAGGACUUUUAGAAAUAAUCCUCAGCGAUACUGUUCUGGAUGUUCACAGACACAUUAUUAACUGUAUGCGUCCAGUCGAGGAGAAACUAAAUGAAAAAAUCAAUGUAAAUCGAGUGGAAAAUAACAGAUAUAGCAGCGUUGUAGAAUAUCCAAGUAAAAGGAAAGCGGACUUUCUGGAAAGUUCCGAAACAGAUGUGAGUUCAUUCUUAUCUCUAAGCAGAGGCAGUCGGCUGUUUAUUAAUUUGUAUUCGCACACUGAACCGAUUGACCAGAGAUGUUGCGUCACGCAUGGGUUGAGUCCAGAUCUAGCGUGCUUAUUAGGCCAUCCUAGUACAGGCCACAGACGUGUAAGAGCCACCUCCUCCUGUGAGAUGACAAUGUGCCUGCGGGAAAGCUGGGCAUCGGAUACCGGCAAAUGUGUUGAUGCUUCCCCACUGCUCGUCAUGUCAGUCAUAAAAGACUCCGAUGCAACCGUGUACAUUGGAUCCCACUCCCACAGAGUGCAAGCUCUUCAUCUGCACACUGGGACAGUGAUGUGGGAAAGAAUCCUUGGAGAUCGUAUUGAAUCUUCUGCUGCAGUAUCUAAAUGUGGGAAUUUUAUUCUUGUAGGCUGCUACGAUGGAUCCAUCUAUGCCCUCAGCAGGAGUACUGGGGAAACUCACUGGAUUUUCUCUACCGGGAAUGCCGUGAAGAGUUCUCCUGCUGUUGAUCCAGUGUCGGGUCUGGCAAUUUUUGGCUCGCAUGAUCAAUAUUUAUAUGCGGUAGACAUUGAAGUGAAACAGUGUGUGUGGAAGUCUCACUGUGAAGGAGGAGCUGUGUUUUCUUCUCCUUGUAUAAGCACCAAACCACAUCAUGUUUACAUAGCCACCCUAGGAGGAUGUGUACUGGCUCUCAACCCAGCCACAGGAAAGACUUUCUGGAAGUUUGACAUUGGGAAACCUGUGUUUUCUUCACCGCAGUGCAGCCAGGAUCAUGUGUUUGUCGGCUGUGUGGAUGCAAAUUUCUAUUGUCUCAGUCAUUUGGGAGAGAAGGUGUGGCAUAUUGCUACUGACGGGCCUAUAUUUUCCUCUCCUUGUAUCUCCACUCUCUCCAAGCAAGUCUUUUUUGGCUCACAUGAUGGCCUUAUCUACUGCUGCACUGACAAGGGCAAUUUAUUAUGGAAAUACAAAACCAGCUCACGACUGUAUGCAACGCCGUUUGUGUUUCCCAACCCACACACAGGAAGCACAGAGCUGCUGGCAUCAGCUUCUACAGAUGGCAAUUUGUGGAUACUAGAUUGUCACUCAGGACUCCUGAUCUGUCAGUGUGCACUAGAAGGGGAGAUAUUUUCUUCUCCUGUGGUGUGUGGUAACAGACUCACUGUAGGCUGCAGGAACAACUAUGUCUACUGUUUUGAGCUGAUUAGCUGCGUAAAGGAAAUUGGAGAUAUAGAAAGCUGCAGCAGUGAGUGUUUGCAAGGUUCUAAGACUAUUUUAUAAGGCUUACCAGCGGCAUCCUUGGGCCAAAGCUGACUUCCAGGCAUCUGUUUGUCUCCCAGCAUGAUUGAAAACCUGUAGGACACUGUAUGACUACUCCUUUUUAUUUUUUUGUAUACUUUACUGAGUGACACAAAGAUCACUAUUCGAAAAAAGCUUCAACCAUACCCUCAUCUAACAGCCACCCCUCCCCCCAAAUGUGAUGCACUUUUGGUCAGGUAUGGAAGAUAAUUGUCAUUUCAGUAUAUGUAUUUGCCUCUACGGUGUGAAGAAGUUAGAGUAUGUGUGUGGUCUCAUAAUAUACACAUCCAUUUAUUUUACAUGGGAUACAAAUAUACCUUAAUGUAACUCUUACGUGUAUGUGAUGGAGUCUAGAGAAUCAGAUUAUAUCUAAUUCAUAAAGUCCCUUAGGGGUCUAUUUAUAGUAGGUUCUCCCAACAAAACAAAGACAGAGAAAGAGGUUAUCCUUGUUUUCUGCUAUUUAUCAAGAUUGACAUGGCAGAGAAAUUCAGUGCUUUCUCCAGUAUUCCAUCUAAUUUCUGAUAUGUCCACAUCCCCAUAGCCUUGCUUUGUACGUAUGGGAACUGCAUUGUUUGCAAUUUAUCAAACUGCUAGAAGCUAUGUUGGUCAUAGUUUCUGAAAAUAUCAUCACACCGUCAGCUUUGAACACUGGUUAUUGCACAUGAGCGCACAUAGGGGGUAAUUCCAAGUUGAUCGCAGCAGGAAUUUCUGCUGCGGGGUACACUGGGCUCUACAAGUCUGGACAAUGGGGGUGUAGAGUAGGAUCUUGAUCCGAGGCACCAACAGGCUCAAAGCUUUGACUGUUCCCAGAAUGCACAGCGCCGCCUCCUCUAUAACCCCGCCUCCCAGCAUAGGAGCUCAGUUUGUCAGUUGGUGCUGCAGUAAGCAGGCACUUAACAGAGGUGCUGCUCCAAGCAGCCCUGAGAAAAGCUUUUUAUGAGGUAAAAAGUGAAGACUUCAAGGGCAGCAGCGGUGGUAAAUGUCUUGUGACAUUCACUGCUGCAGCUCCAGCUCUCCCCAGCGGCGCUGUACACUUCCGAGCCCUGGUUGCCGGGUACCUACAGCGGAGGCUCUGGUUUUCUUCAUGUUAGACACACACGGCUGGGGCUCUCCAGGAUCACGUGGCCGCGCUUCGGGAGGUGAUAAGUGGGUCCCGCUCGCGGGACCUGGUCUUUAUCGCGAUCCGGCGCGGUCAGUGGGAGGCGGGCUGCGCGCGCUGGUGGUGGACACUGUGGAAACAGGCGAUCCCACUAGAUCACCAGGGCAUGGGCGCAGGUCAGGUUUUCUCUUAAAACCGAUUUUAAUAUCGCCCACAGUUACCGGUGGUUUUGCCAGCAAGGGGGGAUAAGGCUUAGACCUGAAGCCCCUCCCCCAGCCCCAGGGCGCCAUUUCCAGCAAGUGUUCCCACCCUGGAGCUGCAUCUCUGUCUUUUUCUCACUCCCUGUCAGUGUCUGCGGCGCCAUUACUCCUCAGCUCACUGUUCCUGGGACUGCUUGGGCAAAUCUUCCUAUGUAAAGCCGCCUGGUUGUCAGCGCUGUGCCUUUACAUGACACUUAAGUAUUCUACCUGCCUUUUUAGUCAGUGUUAGUAAGAAAGAGUGCAUUUAGUCAGGGGUUUAUAGUACAAUUACCCUGUGAUAUACAUCCAGUUUCUUACUGUGUAGUGUUAUAUCUAUUGACUAUAUAGCUGUGUAAGCUAGUCCAGUGCAGUAUUAUUGUCUGUAAUAACCUCUGCAUUGUACAAACUGUGACUAUUUGUUUGUGCAUUGAUAGCUGAGUGGUGUCCAUCUCGUGUCUUUCACUCAACUUGCUAUCCCUAUAUUCUAUAACCUGAGGGGGCUUGGUGCGUCAGGUGUCAUUUAAUAUAGGAUUUUCACAAAGAUAUACUGUAUUACAUAUUUUUCUCUGUGAUUUAGUCACCAUAUCUCUCCUUUAUCUCUGCUGGUGCUGACUACACUGCGCAGGGGUUUGGGUUUAGGGAUAUAGUGCUGCUGAUAAUUGUACUGUGUUACCUCAUACUGCAAGUUAUAUCAUGUCUGCUUCUGAGGGUAACGGUUCUGGGGCGGAACACACUGCUGGUGUUGCUGAAGCCACAGGCACAUAUGGGGAGAAUAUAGCAGCUGUGGGCUCUGGUUCUGGGGGCUCCUUGCCCCCCCAGUGGGAAUGUGGCAACGGAUGCACAUACUGACCCUCCGUGGGCCGCUUUUUCCACCCUUCUGCAUACGCUAGUUCAUAAACUAACACCCCCUAUGGGACCCCCAAUGCCGGUACAACCGUAUGUGGUCCCUGCAGCUAACCCGCCGUGAGCGGACGAUUUAUCUGCUCAAUUAAAGAAGUUGAACCAGUCCCUGACUACUAAAAAGUCUGACCAACACUCGCCUAAGUCCGAGAGGUCCUCUAAGCGAGCGCUCGUCUCCUCACAAUCCACUGCUGUCACUGACAUCUCGUCUGAGGAAGACAGCACAUACACAGACCCCACAGGUUCUGACUCAGAUACGGCUGAUGGGGAGGGUAGUUCACAUGUGGAUGUUUCUGAUCUUUUGGAGGCUAUUAAGUUAAUUCUGCAGAUUACGGAUGAUCACGAGCCAUCCGUUCCUCCUAAGAAACCAGAUAGGUUCUAGCGUCAGAAGGUGAUUAAACAAGUUUUACCUCACUCUGACCACCUAGUGGAUAUACGUCAGGAACCCUGGCAAAGCCCGGGUACGAAGUUUGUGCCUCAAAAGAAGAUGCUGGCUCGCUAUCCCCUCGCGCCAGAGCUGUCUAAGAAUUGGGAAACGCCUCCUCCAGUAGACUCACAUGUGGCUAGGAUGGUGGUUUCCUCAGCUCUACCUGUCACUACCGUCACGUCUCUAAAAGAGCCUACGGAUAAACGUGUCGAGGGUUGUCUAAAAGCGAUUUACACCCUCACGGGUGCUGCACAAAGGCCCACUAUUGUAGCUACAUGGGCGGUAGAGGCUAUUGAAGCAUGGGCCUUGGAGUUAGAAGCUGAAAUCUCCUCUGACCAUGCUAGACAAUGCUUGUCAUAUCUUGUCACAGCUUCUCGCUAUAUCAAAGAGGCGGCUUCUGAUGCCGGUAUCCUAGCAGCCACGGCCUCUACUACGUCAGUCCUGGCUCGCAGGAUAUUGUGGCUGAGAUCUUGGUCUGUGGAUCUGGACUCUAGAAAAACCCUGGAGGUACUCCCUUUCAAGGGGGAUAUUCUGUUUGGGGAGGACUUAAAUAAGAUAGUGGCUGACUUGGCUACUGCCAAAACUGCCUGUCUGCCAAAUACAGCUCCUUCUGUGUCGAAGGCCAAAGGCACGUCCUUUCCUCCUUCAGGUAAAGCAAAAGGUCAGGCGUACCAUAAGCAGGCCCGCACUUCCAAACCUGGUAAGCCGAAGUCCAAAAGAGCCUGGGCUGCCCGUCAGCCAGCAGCCAAGACCGAUAAGCCUGCCGCAUGACGGGGCGGGCCUCCCCCUGGGGGAUCCCAAGGUGGGGGGCCGGCUUCUAGGGUAUACCCAGGAAUGGUUGAAGACCACUUCAGAUGCCUGGGUACGGGAAGUCGUCACUCGAGGUUACGCCAUAGCCUUCAAAAACCGACCCCCUCAUCGAUUUUGCCAGACAGACGUCCCGUCGGACCAGACAAAGGCAAACACUCUGCAUUCGGUGGUACAGACCCUCCUGGAUACAGGAGCCUCUUGCUCAGAGGGGCCGGGGGUACUAUUCUCCGCUGUUUCUAGUCCCGAAACCGAAUGGGUCCUCCCGGCCCAUUCUCAACCUCAAGGCACUGAACAAGUUUGUGAAGGUUUCCAAGUUCCGUAUGGAAACCCUUUGCUCUAUAGUUCUAGCCUUGGAACCUGGGGACUACAUGGUCUCCCUGGACAUACAGGAUGCUUACCUGCAUAUUCCUAUAGCAGUGUCACAUCAACAAUACCUGAGGUUCGCUAUUGGCAACCUCCAUUACCAGUUUCGGGCGUUACCUUUUGGUUUAACAACGGCUCCGCGAGUCUUCACCAAAGUUAUGGCGGUGAUGACGGUGGUACUCCGCCGUCAAGGGGUCAGGAUACUGCCGUAUCUGGACGACUUGUUAAUCCUGGCAAAUUCCCCAGAUCUUCUCCUGCGUCAUCUGGAUAUGACGGUCCGGUUUCUACAAGCCCAUGGGUGGCUCAUCAACUGGAAGAAAUCCUCCCUGGUCCCUGCUCAGAGGAUGGUGCAUCUGGGAGCGCUGUUGGACACUCAUAACCAGAGGUUGUUCUUGUCUCAGGAGAAAGUCCUGAAACUUCAGGACAGGAUUCGUUGCUUCCUUUCUCGUCCGCAAGUGUCGAUACAUUCGGCAAUGCAGGUGCUGGGCCUCAUGGUAUCAGCAUUCGACAUGGUGGAGUAUGCUCAAUUCCAUUCUCGCUCCCUCCAGAAGCUGAUUCUAGCCAAGUGGGACGGCCUGCCUCACCGGAUCAGGUCUCAAAUGAUCUCUUUGACUCCGGAGGUCCGUCUGUCGCUGCUCUGGUGGCUCCAGGACCGACAAUUGUGCAGAGGCCGUCCCUUCUGGAUAUCCAACUGGGUCCUGUUGACGACAGAUGCCAGUCUAAGAGGUUGGGGUGCGGUGCUGGAGCAGCACUCCUUACAGGGUCGGUGGACCAGGGAGGAAUCUCUCCUCUCAAUCAACAUUCUGGAAUUGCGUGCGGUCUUCAAUGCGUUGAACCUAGCCCAGCAUUUGAUUCAGAACCGUCCUGUUCAAGUACAGUCGGACAACGCCACCACAGUGGCUUACAUAAAUCAUCAAGGCGGCACUCAAAGCCGUUUGGCAAUGAAGGAAGCCUCACGGAUUCUACGUUGGGCAGAACGCCAUCUACCGGCAAUAUCGGCAAUAUUCAUUCCGGGAGUCCUGAAUUGGGAAGCGGACUUUCUCAGUCGUCAGGACGUGCAUGCCGGCGUGUGGGGCCUCCAUCCAGAAGUGUUUCAACUCCUCGUGGAAAGGUGGGGUCUUCCAGAUGUGGAUCUGAUGGCGUCUCGACACAAUCACAAGGUUCCGGUCUUCGGAGCAAGGACAAGGGAUCCUCAAGCAGCAUUCGUGGAUGCGCUGGCAGUGCCGUGGAGGUUUCGGCUGCCGUAUGUGUUCCCUCCGGUGUCACUCCUGCCCAGGGUAAUUCGGAAGUUCAAGCAAGAAAAAGGAAAUCUGCUUCUCAUAGCUCCAGCGUGGCCCAGACGGCACUGGUUCUCAGACCUGCAAGGCCUAUCGUCAGAGCGUCCACUUCUACUUCCACAACGCCCAGACCUCCUCGUUCAGGGCCCCUGUGUCUACCAGGACCUAGCCCGGCUGUCUUUGACGGCGUGGCUCUUGAAUCUUCCGUCUUAAGAGCUAAGGGUUUUUCUGAAGAGGUCAUUAAAACUAUGUUGCGGGCCCGGAAACCGGCCUCUGCUCGGAUUUACCAUCGGGUCUGGCAUUCCUACUUUGUUUGGUGCGCAUCUAACCAUUAUGACGCUUCCAGGUUUAGUACAGCCAAACUUUUGGCUUUUCUACAGCAGGGCCUAGAAUUAGGCCUGCGUCUGGCCUCCCUCAAGGUUCAUAUUUCUGCCUUGUCGGUGUGGUUUCAGAGAAAAAUUGCGACUUUACCUGAUGUUCAUACUUUCACUCAGGGUGUGUUGCGUAUCCAACCUCCCUAUGUCCCGCCUGUGGCUCCUUGGGACUUGUCGGUGGUUUUGGAGGCGUUACAAGAGUCUCCAUUUGAACCUCUUGGUUCAGCUGACCUUAAGUGGCUUUCCCUUAAGGUGGUGUUUCUAUUGGUUAUUGCCUCUGCUAGAAGAGUGUUGGAUUUGGGUGCCUUGUAGUUCCCCAUAUCUGAUUUUUCACCGUGACAGGGCGGUUCUUAGGACUCGUCUCGGAUAUUUGCCUAAGGUGGUUUCUUCGUUCCACCUUAAUCAGGAGAUUGUGGUUCCAGCUUUUGUCUCUCCUGAUUUGUCUCCCAAAGAGAGGUCUUUGGAUUUGGUACGGGCUCUCCGUAUCUAUGUGAAGAGAACUGCUUCUAUUCGAAAGUCUGAUUCUCUCUUUGUUUUGUUUGGAUUUCACAAAAGUGGCUGGCCUGCUCACAAGCAGACCCUGGCCAGGUGGAUCAGAAUGGUGAUUGCGCAUGCUUAUGUGAAGGCUGGUCUGUCAGCUCCUGUUCACAUUACGGCCCAUUCUACUCUGUCUGUUGGACCUUCUUGGGUGGCCCAACGUGGUGCGACCCUUGAUCAAUUGUGCAAGGCGGCUACGUGGUCGUCCGGGAACACGUUCAUAAGGUUCUAUGCCUUCGAUACUGCCGCUUCCCAGGAUGCUUCCUUUGGGCGCCGGGUUCUUGUGCCCGCUACAGUGCGUCCCCUCCCAUAAGGAACUGCUUUAGGACAUCCCCAUUGUCCAGACUUGUGGAGCCCAGUGUACCCCGCAGCAGAAAACGAGUUUUAUGGUAAGAACUUACCGUUGUUAAAACUCUUUCUGUGAGGUACACUGGGCUCCACAAGGCGCCCACCCUGACGCACUUAGCUUCUUUGGGUUGAUAUGGCAUUAGCCGCUGACACUUCUCUUGGCAGAUAUAACAUGUGCAGAAAGAGUUAGAUUUGGGUGGGUUAUUUUGUUUCUGUGCAGGGUAAAUACUGGCUGCUUUAUUUUUACACUGCUAAUUAGAUUGCAGAUUGAACACACCACACCCAAAUCUAACUCUCUCUGCACAUGUUAUAUCUGCCUCCCCUGCAGUGCACAUGGUUUUGCCCAACUGCUAACAAAAUUCCUGCUGCGAUCAACUUGGAAUUACCCCCCAUAGGGCCUAAUUCAGUAAUGAUUGCAAAUUCUGCUAAUUAGCAGAAUUUGCAAUCUUUUGGAUCGCAUGCUGGGGGCCGCCUAUCGCUGGGCAAGACCGCUUAGCUGCACCCGCAGGAGUCCCGCCGACAUGUUCUUGAUCGCGGUGGCUGCGUGUGACGUCACACCCCUGCCGUGAUCACACCCCCGUUUGCACCGCACUCCCCCCGUUCGUCCCGCUCCGCCCCCGCAACGCUCAGUCUCCUCCCGGGAAACGGAGAGUUGCCUGCCGCCCCGCAACCGCCGAAGCGAUCACAUUUUCUGCUUCCCCCCCCCCCACAGAAAAUGCGUACGCAUCUUUUUCUCAAUAAUUCCGGUUGUGUCGCACACUGCGAUCCAACCUGAAUUAGGCCCAUAACCUAUAUUUUUGUGCGGUGUAAAAGGGCCCAGUUGGAAUAAUCCGGGUUGACCCAGUAUUCCAACUCGGGUAGCGAGCAGGGUUGAACACGUGUUCAAGCCGGCUUGCUGUGCUGUGUAAACGGAAAGCCGGGUUGAUGCGACCCGUUUCCCAUUCAGUCAGGUUGGACGGGUGGCAAUUGGAGAUCAUGUGAUCUCUGAGCGCUGCCCCCGCCUCGUCACUGAUGGCGUCACCAACCCAGCAAUAUGUUGGGUUGGAAACAGUGGCGACGAGGGGCCUGAGAAGUAUGGCGUUGUGCUUACAUGCCUCUUGCCCAUGCGCAGUAUAGAUAAGAGCAAAAGUGUUUACAGGGUGCUGACCACUGGAAACACCUGGUACACCCCAUCCUCUCUACACUGCAUAACUCCAUCCGGAACACCGAUCACCUUGAAUACAUAUACAGCAUUUUGCAUGAGCGUCCUUACAAAGUUGCUUGCAUUUGGACUUCAUGGCUUUCUAACAAUGAGGCUACUUCUACCUUACCCUCCUACUGAUUAUUAGGCACAUUGUCACUCUCCUAAGUUAUUGUCUCUCUAGCAGU